GAGCUUAGUAGGCAGGGUAUCACCAUGUGCUGGUUACCUUGAUCCAAGAUCCUUUUGAAUCUAAACCAAACCUGUGGAUUAAAUGCUCAAAGAUUAGGAAAUGAGAUUAUUCAAGUCAAAAUGCAUGUUCAGAGUUGACUUUUGCAAGUUUCCCUUAGCUUUUGACUCUCAAGAACUCUGCCAACAGACACUGGAAAAACUUUGGAUUUCUGUUAGACUUUGGCAUGUGGUAGUCUGGCUCUGGCACACUAGUUACCUGUUCACAUUUACCAUAAAUAAUGACUAAAAGCAUAACUUGCAGCUAGAUUUUGGAAGUAACUUCUGGAAGGGUUUGUUUCCUUCUCUUUCCCCCACCCCUUUAAGACUUUUUGUCUUGUGGGAUUUGUUUGCAAUCUGCUAGCUGAAGCUCUGAGGCCAGUUUGCCAAAUCUGGGGCUGUAUCAUCACUCUGCACAUCUGGAAGUGGUUUAUGUGCUCACAUUCCUCCAGCACAGCGUCUGGACUCUGCACUAUUCCUCAGCAGCAGAGAAAGGAAAGAAAACCAGCACAGCUCCAAAGUAAAUUUUGAAGAGUUCAAAAAAGGAAUUGAAUCAUAAAACUGUUACUGUGCCCUGUAAGGCCCUUGUGUGGGUGACUUCAAAGGAGGAUGGUGGUCGAGGGCGCUUUGGCAAGAGUGCUUACAGAUGUGGGCUAUCUAGGAUCCAAGUAAAUAACUACAGCGCUUCAGGAGAGAGGAGUCCCGAACACUGUGCUGCUUUGAAGAGUUUACCAUAGAUCACAGUUCUCAUCCAACAGGACACAUGGCUCUUUUAAAGAAAGUUAACCAGAUCUUGCUGUUACUUCUUGUCUUAACCGUGUGCGCUAUUCUGUAUAACAAAGUUCACCAAGUGCCCUUGGCGUUAAGCAAUGAAACAGUGGAUUUAGAGAGCCCUGAGGAAAUGGAGGAAGAAAUCCCAGUGGUGAUCUGCGCUGCUGCGGGCAGGAUGGGCGCAGCUGUGGCAGCGAUCAGCAGCAUCUACAGCAACACAGAGGCCAAUGUUUUGUUCUACAUCAUUGGGCUGAAGACAACCAUCCCACACAUUCGAAAAUGGAUUGAAAAUUCUAAACUGAAAGAAAUAAAAUUUAAGGUUGUGGAAUUCAAUCCUAUGGUACUAAAAGGAAAAAUCAGACAAGAUGCAUCACGUCCUGAGCUACUUCAACCUCUGAACUUCGUUCGAUUUUAUCUCCCUUUGCUUAUCCAGAAGCAUGAGAAAGUAAUAUAUUUGGAUGAUGAUGUCAUUGUUCAAGGUGACAUCCAGGAACUCUACAAUACUAAGUUAGCUCCUGGACAUGCAGCAGCUUUUUCAGAUGAUUGCGAUCUGCCUUCUACACAUGAAAUGGUUAGAAGUGUAGGGAUGCAGAACACAUACAUGGGAUUCCUGGACUACAGAAAGCAAGCCAUUAGAGAUCUUGGCAUCAGCCCCAGUACCUGCUCCUUUAAUCCUGGAGUAAUUGUUGGUAACAUGACUGAAUGGAAACAUCAGCGGAUUACAAAGCAGUUGGAAAAGUGGAUGCAAAGAAAUGUAGAGGAAAACCUCUAUAGCAGUACCCUUGGGGGUGGUGUGGCAACCUCCCCAAUGCUGAUUGUAUUUCAUGGAAAAUAUUCCUCUAUUAAUCCUAUGUGGCACAUAAGGCAUCUUGGUUGGAGUCCUGAUGCCCGUUACUCAGAGCAAUUUCUUCAAGAAGCUAAAUUACUUCACUGGAAUGGGAGAUACAAACCUUGGGACUACCCCAGUGUCCACACUGAUCUCUGGGAAAACUGGUUUAUUCCUGACCCCUCAGGGAAGUUCAAAUUAACUCGUCCUGACAGCUGAUACUGACACACUGCAUAACGUAGUGUAUGGGAUGCAUUUAAUAGUUUGAGACGCAACAUGUUGUAUGAGUGACUGAUUUUAGAAAACGAAGUAUUUGUUAAAAAUAUGAAUAAUUGACCAUCAGUUUUGUGUGCUUAUGGCAGUGAGGGAGGCCGGAGUGACCAAUACAUAGUUCAGAUUGUCUUGACUGUCAUGUAAGGUGAGGAAACAAGUUUAUUUGACAAUGAAGUACUUUCAUUAAACACUUAGAGAGGUGAAAUUCAGUGUCAGACAGAGUGCUUUAAGGUCUUUCUAAGUAAGAUUCCAAUGUCUUCUGGUAGGAAAAAAACUACACAGGAGAUAGCUGCAGUGUUAUGCACAAGAAGUGUUUAGUUAUGUAGCCCACAUAAACAGCCUGAAUUGAAAACCUGGGCACAUAUUACAGUGUUCUGUUGUGUGGUGACUGUUUUGUGGCAUCUCUGACUACAACCCAUCCUGUAAUGCACUUAGCAAGAUGCAAAAUACAUUCCAAUACACUGCAGUACAAUUCCUGAUUUUAUUGUGAAACAUUGAUAGAUUUAAGACAGAUUAAGAACUUCUGUAUCACUGUAACAAAAAGAGCACCAGUUUUGAGGGAGGACACAGAAUUGCAGUAUUUAGUGGAAUGGUCAUUGCACACUCAACUGUAUUUCAUACCCAGAUAACCAAGUGGGUGAUUCCAUUAAGGAAGAGACCUUUCCCUUCCAAUCAAACAGGAUAGCCUUUCAGGAGUUACAUCCUACUGUGCUACAUACUUAGCAGUGCUAAUUUCAUGCUUCUAAUGUUGUUGAAAAUAAAACUAAAUUGUAACAAAUCCCUGAUGCAAGAUACUUUGAGCACCUGCAGGAAAACAUCCAUGUAAACAGCAAUACAUGAUACAGUACACUUUAAAUAACAGAAAAGUCCUAUACCUUUCUGACAAUAUGUGGAACAGUUUUAUGCUGCAGCUAAUAAACACAAUCAGAAUCAUAAUGCACACUCACUUAAUUGAAGAUUCUCAGAAUUAAGCCACAUAAUUUGGGAAGAAACUGUAAACAUCAAGCCUGCCUCACAACAUGUUGACAGUGUGUGAUCUCUGUAAGAGGUGUUACAGCAGGAUUAGAGCAUACACUAACCAGUUACACACAACUGACAACUGUCACUAGCUGUGAGGAGAGGAUAAAUCACAUUGGUACAGGAAUCUCUGACCAGCAUGGAGUGUGGAGAUACUGUUUGUGUCUGUUUUCAAGUAUGUGAAGCACCAAAUGUUGUAAGAUCAUCAAAACUUUAGUGUUUUGAUCAGCUUAUUGCUUUUACUUCAUCUUUUCCUUACAUGAUAAAAGAGGGAAAGAAGAUGAGAGUUAGUUAGGCACCAGGAUGAUUUUUCUCAGUCAUAUUGGACAAAAAUGUGUAUCAUUUAGGCAAGUUCCUCAGAAGAGAGUUUCUACAGACAAUUUCUUAUUCAUGGAACAGCUGUCCCUGUAUUCAACUCAGUGUUUUUAAAUUUUAAGUGGCAUAAAGGGAACAACCUCUAAGGUACUACAGAUUGAAGAGAGCUUAAUGUUAAAAAUUGCUAAACUGCAAAUCUCUUUCAUCCUGUGCUAAUUGUACAUGAUGUAAAUAACAUAGUUGUAUAUGACUUUUAAGAGAAUGCAGUCUUUCAAUUCUCUGUCUCAUUCAAAGGUGUUAUCUCCUGCUAAAAGUCAGGUGAAGGGACUAACUUCAUGGAAAUGAUGGAGUUUAAAUACCACAGAAUUCAAGAACUACCACUGCUCUUUGUUUUUGCUUUUUUU